UGCUCCUCUCACACUUUUCCUCCGAAGACAACCCCGCCAAACGCCGCCUUGUACUCACCUAUAGUCGAGAUAAACGUGGAGUUGAAGGCAUCCUCCGAGAACCUGAACAGCACGCAGGUCUUCCCGACGCCGGAGUCGCCGAUUAAAAGAAGUUUAAACAAGUAGUCCUGGCCAAGGAUCUGAUGCACCCCAGCGUCACUGAGGAGAGGAGGCGACACAAGAAGAAGAGGCUGGUGCAGAGUCCGAACUCCUACUUCAUGGAUGUUAAAUGCACAGGCUGCUACAAGAUCACCACCAUCUUCAGCCAUUCACAGACAGUGGUACCUUGUUCAGGCUGCUCCUUAAUCCUCACCCAACCACAAGGGGGGAAAUGCAGACUAACUGCAGGCUGCGCCUUCAGACGGAAAUAGCCUCUUACUGAGCAGACGCACCUGAGCAUCCAUGACAGGAAGGAUGGGAAAAGGAUUCUGAGGCUCAAACUCUAUGUUUAUGAUUUAAAUGUGAGACGAGAAAGAAGAGACAUGAAAAGACAUAAAAUUCCCCGUGGGGUAGAGCAGGUUAAGGGAACCAUAUAUACAUUCCUAUGUGCUCAUUGAAUUGUAAGUAUAUCAGAAUGAUAUAGCAAAGCACAUGAUGAAGUAAUGAUUACUACUUUUACCAAGACAAUCAUGUUUCGUGUGUUUGUAAUCAUCAAAAAUGAAAAAACAGUCGGAGGACUCCAGAUUUCUGUAAAACAUUUAUUAGACUGACAUAAGAGGGGGUGGUGAAUGUAAUAUUUCAAAAGAGCCAUUAUAAGAUGUGAGGCGCUGCUCAUGGCCCUGGCACAAGAUGAAACCAUGACGACCAUCACAAACAAAAAAUAAUAAUAAAACAUUUUGAAGAAUUAA